AUGUCUCUGUCAAGUCGACAGAUGGCUAUUGUCAACCCCCCUCCACCAGAGUACAUAAAUGCCAGAAAAACUGGCCGUCUCACCAAUCAGCUGCAGUAUCUGCAGAAGGUGGUCCUGAAGGCUCUGUGGCAGCACAGUUUUUCUUGGCCCUUCCAGCAGCCCGUGGAUGCUGCCAAGCUCAAGCUCCCGGACUAUUACAGCAUCGUUAAGAAGCCAAUGGAUUUGAGUACAAUUAAAAAGCGCUUGGAGCAUAAGUACUAUGUGAAAUCAUCAGAAUGUAUAGAAGACUUUAAAACAAUGUUCGCCAAUUGUUAUUUAUAUAACAAGGCAGGCGAUGACAUUGUUCUCAUGGCACAAGCCUUAGAGAAACUGUUUGUGCAAAAAAUGUCUCAAAUGCCUUCAGAAGAAAUAGUGAUAGGUGGAAAGGAAAGAAAAAGAAAAGGUACUCAACCAUCUUCAGGAGUUUGUACUAUUAAAGAAAAACCAUCCCCCAAGACAUCUGAAAUGGUCGCUAAGCAGCAAGCAAUUCCAUGUUCUGCAUGUCCGCAGACAUCGUUUUCUCCCCUGCAUGUUGCUAAAGCGGCUCCGCCAAGCUGUACCACACAGGCUGUAACACAAGUUAAAAGGGGUGUGAAAAGGAAAGCAGAUACUACAACCCCUACAACUUCAAUAGUUACAGCAAGUAGUGAAUCUUCACCCACUCUAGUUGAACACAAGUCUGCUAAAAUACCACUUUUAAAAGAAAAAGUAGUGAAGAAUAAUGUGCCAGAUUCUCAGCAACAAUAUAAAGUUGUGAAAAGUGUUAAAUUAACCGAGCAGUUAAAAUAUUGUAACGAGAUUCUUAAAGAAAUGUUUUCGAAGAAACAUGUAGCAUAUGCUUGGCCUUUUUAUAAACCCGUUGACGUUACUGCUUUAGGACUCCAUAACUACUAUGAUGUUGUUAAAAAUCCAAUGGAUCUUGGAACAAUUAAAAAAAAAAUGGACAACCAGGAAUAUAAGGACGCUCCUGAAUUUGCGGCAGAUGUUCGGUUAAUGUUUAUGAAUUGCUACAAGUAUAACCCACCAGAUCAUGAGGUUGUAACAAUGGCAAGAACCCUUCAGGAUGUUUUUGAGAUGCAGUUUGCUAACAUCCCUGAUGAACCCAUUGAAAGAAUGCCUAUCUGUUACAUUAAAAAGGAUGUCACAAAAGCUUUCUGUAGAGAAAGUAGUAGUGAUGCUUCCUCUGAAGACAGCUCCUCUGAAGAGUCACCUGAUGAACGAGUACAGCACCUUGCAAAGCUUCAGGAGCAGCUUAAAGCCGUUCAUCAACAGCUACAAGUUCUGUCUCGAGUACCUUGCCAUAAGCUAAAGAAAAAGAAUGAAAGCUCCAAAAGAGGGAAGAAGAAAGAAAAAAAGAAAGUUAUCAGCAAAGAUGAAAGUCAGAGGAAAAAAUUUAAGCAAAUAAAACUAAAGAAAAAGCUGAAAAACAGUCAGCCAAAAAAGGCCAAGCAACAAAUGUUGGUGUAUAAAUCUGAGGACGAAGAUAACGCUAAGCCUAUGAAUUAUGAUGAGAAAAGGCAAUUAAGCUUGGAUAUAAACAAACUCCCCGGAGACAAACUUGGGCAAGUGGUCCAAAUAAUAGAGUCAAGAGAACCGUCUUUAAGGAAUUCUAAUCCUGAUGAGGUAGAAAUUGAUUUUGAAACCCUGAAAGCAUCAACCUUGAGAGAACUGGAAAGAUUCGUCGUGGCCUGUCUGAGAAAGAGGCCCGGGAAAUGUCAUGCUAAGAAAAUAAUAAAAUCCAAAGAAGAGCUUCAUUCGCAGAAAAACGAGUUGGAAAAGCAGUUACUGGAUGUCAGUAACCAGUUAAAUUCUAGAAAACGCCAAACAAGAUCUGAGAAAACUCAAUUGUCCAAAGCCACAAGAGGGGCCACCAGGCUGAGCGAGAGCAGCAGCGGCGGCGACGGUGGCAGCUCCUCAGGCUCAGGCAGCAGCGGCGGCGACUCAAGCUCUUCUGAUAGCAGCGAUUCCGAUUCAGCAAUCAUCGCCGUGUUAACUGGAAUCAAGGAGAGUGUUUCCUCUUCCAAAGGAAAAAUAAAGACCUUCUCUGGCUGUAGGAUAUCAAGUCGAGAUCUGUUAGCUCUUAAGAAUCAGCAAAAACCUCAACAGUUACAGACUUUGCGAAGACUUCCAUCAGCACGGAUUAGCAUAUCUCUCUUAAGUCUUCCUGAAAUCGUGUCCUCAGGUGUUACUUCUCUGCUGCAAAAUGCCCCGAAUGUCCUCACUUUUGAGCCCAUCAACCCCGUUCUCAUCAUUUCAGAGAAUACUUCAUUAAGUGGUGACAGAAAAAAUGUGGCCAUGUCUGUAGUGAAAGCUGGAAAUUCAGCCCCUCUCCUAAAUACGGUGUGGAAAGGAAUCGACUCUAAACCUGUGAAAAAAGUGAAAAGCGAGCCUGGGCAGUCUGUCACUAACGUGUCACAUCAGAUUAGCAAUGAUGCAGAUAUAUUAGAGCCUGAACUACACGAUCCUGUUAAGAAGGAAAUAAAAAUCAAGAACGUGGACUGUUGGACAAAUUUAGGCAAAAUAGUCACAAGUUCAGUGCUAUCUAAGUCGUCAGAUGAUCUCUUCCAGCAGUUCAGAAAAGCUGCCAUAGAAAAGGAAGUGAAGACUCAGGCUCGGAUACAGGAGCUGACAAGGAAGCAGCCAGGUCCAAAGCCAGAGGAGUCAGAAACCAAGCCAGAUCCACAGAGGGACUCUGACAAGAAUGAAAAUAAAAAUCAAGAUGAAUGUUGCCCUGAAAUAAAAAAUCCACAUCAGGCACCAUUGGAAGUUCAAGACGAUGGCUGGCUUAUUGAAGAUCGUGAUUUGGCGAGAAAGAGAGAGCAAGAGAGAAGAAGGAGGGAAGCCAUGGCCAGCACCAUUGAUAUGAAUCUGCAAAGCGACAUUAUGAUGACCUUUGAAGAAAACCUUGAUUAA